AUGACAUCGACGGUGCCUCACAUUGAUCUGGGAGGGAUGCGAACGGAUACUCUACCUACGCGAAACGUCUCCAAGUCAACUAUCUACACGAUGAUCCCGUCCAUGGUCCGGUCGAGGAUACCAGUAUUGACCUCACUUCGGCAUACCGCGAGAACGGUCGUUCUACGAAGAGGAGGGGAAGGUUAUGCCUUAUCAUGCCUGGAAACCACAAAAGAAAAGGGAAGCUAUAGCAUCUCCUCGACCACAGACUCGAGCCGAGCCACCACGCCCACGACACGACCAGAGAGUCCGGAAGGGAGUAUCCCGUCGCAAGAUUUGAGCUUGACAAAUUCCCCUCGGCCGGAAACGAGAUUAGGUGUGGACUGGGAUGUUGCAUUGACGGGAGUCAGAUUGUGGACAUCAGCGAAAGCGCAAGCUGAGCAGGGCGGAGACUCGCUCGCGUUGAGGAGCAUGCACGUCGAUGCAUUGCGGUAUAUGCAUAUGGCACUUCCCCAAGACUUGACGCCGCUUGAGAUCCAAUCUUUACGCGCCAGCAUGGCCCCUCAGCUCAUCUCUCAAGCAGCCGAGCCUGGGGGUCUUCACUUUCCACGACAUCCCAACAUUCUGAGGCAAAGCAUUGCGCAGGCUGUUUGUUGGCUCAUUGCCGGACUGCUUCUGGUCCUCCCAGUGAUUAUGACGUUGCUCAACCGACUCCUCCAAUUUGAGCGCCAGCACCAGGUCACCGAACGGGUCAUCUCAAAUGGUGUUCAAGUUACAUCUGCCCUGGGUGAACGUGGUAUUGAGCUGCAUCAAGCAAUCAUUCGUUUCAAGGACGGUCGGGUAGGCGGCGCUUGCUUUGAAUUGGGAUCAUGGUUCGUUGAGGGCGUAGUCGGCGGAGUCAAUGACGGCCUUGACGCCGUCGCUCAGAGGAGAACAGCGUCGUAA